AUGGCACUAUACGAGGCUUCCGACGCCUUGAUGUGCAGGGCGUUCCCAACAACCCUACGGGGGCCAGCCCGCGCGUGGUACAGCAGCCUGAAGGCCGGGACCGUCGCCUCCUUCGACCAACUCGCCAAAGAUUUCGAGCUUAACUUCCUGGCUUACGCUCGACCAAAGCCGUCCGUGGCGUUGCUCCUCGGACUCAACCAAAGGAAGGACGAGCCCCUCUCCCAUUUUGUGAACCGCUUUACGACGCAAAUUCGCGGGCUGUCAGAUGCUCACCCCUCUCUGUUGAUGCAGGCAUUCAUGACGGGCCUGCGGCCUUCCACGUUCUUCUGGUCUCUCGUGGAGCGGCCCCCCGUCGCAGUCCCCGAAAUGCUUCAGCGUGCUAGUCAGUUCAUCGCCGCGGAGACAUGGAUGGCUGGGAAGCGGGAGGAGCACAAAAAGAUCAAGUCGGAGCCGCCCCGAUAG